AGAACAGCUGACUCCAGAGUUCUCAUUCAUGUGACCACCAUGGCUCCCCGUCCUGCUUCUUGUCUCCAGCCGGGGUGGGCACUUGCAGAGCCGCUUCUGUGAGGAGCAGCAGCAUACCUAGGGGAGCGGAGAGAUUAAUCAGUGACAGGAAGCUGCGUCUUGUCCAGAGUGGUGACCUGUUGUGGUCGGACAAAUCUUGGCGAGCCCAGCCCCAGGAGUUUCUCCUGCUUCCCGCCUGCUGCUCCUGCCAUGGGGAACCUUAGGGCCUUCCUCUUCCUGCUGGGGGCCCUGGGGGCUCUCGCCGAGUUCUGUGUCAUACCACAGUUGGAUAGUCAGCUGGUGGAGAGGCUUGGCCAACGCCUCUUGCCCUGGAUGGACCAGCUGUCCCGGGAGCACCUGAACCCCAGCAUCUAUGUGGGCCUGCGCCUCUCCAGCCUGCAGGCUGGGACCAAGGAAGACCUCUACCUGCACAGCCUCAAGCUCGAUUAUCAACAGUGCCUCCUGGGACCUGCCACCAGCGAUGACAACGGUGACUGCCCGACCAAGCCUUCCAUGGGCCAGCUGGCACUCUACAUGCUUGCUCUCAGGGCCAACUGCGAGUUCGUCAGGGGCCGCAAGGGGGACAGGCUGGUCUCACAGCUCAAGUGGUUCUUGGAGGAUGAGAAGAGGGCCAUUGGGCACAGUCACAAAGGCCAUCCCCAUACCAGCUACUACCAGUAUGGCCUCAGCGUCCUGGCCCUGUGUGUCCACCAGAAACUGGUCCAUGACAGUGUGGUGGGCAAGCUCCUGUAUGCUGUGGAACACGACCACCACCUCCACCAGGACCAUUUCUCUGUGGACACGAUGGCCGUGGCGGGCCUGGCCUUUGCCUGUCUGGAGCGCUCUUACUUCAACUCUGAUCUGAGACCACGGAUCACCACGGCUAUCGGGACAGUGCAAGAGAAGAUCCUGAAGGCCCAGACCCCUGAGGGCUACUUCGGGAACGUCUACAGCACCCCACUGGCACUGCAGUUCCUAAUGUCCUCCCCACUGUCUGGGGUGGAGCUGGGCCCCGCAUGCCUUAAGGCAAGAGCAGCCCUGCUGGCCAACCUGCAGGAUGGAGCCUUCCAGAAUGCUGUCAUGAUUUCCCAGCUGUUGCCUGUCUUGAACCACAAGACCUACGUGGAUCUCAUCUUCCCAGACUGCCAAGCGCCAAGAGGGCUGUUGGUAGCAGCUCCUGAGGACGCCUCCUUGAUCCACAUCCCAGAGGUCAUCAGUGUCGUGCUGGAGGUCUCCAGCGUCUUGCCACCCUACAAACGAGCCAUCUCGGUAGUGGCUGGGUCCUCCUUGGAAGACGUUCUGAAGAAGGCCCAGGAGCUAGGAGGAUUCACGUUUGGAACCCGGGCCUCCUUGUCUGGUCCCUUCCUGACCUCUGUGAUGGGGAAAGUGGCUGGGGACCGAGAGUUCUGGCAGCUCCUCCAGGCCCCUGACACCCCUCUGCUGCAAGGUAUUGCUGACUACAGACCACGGGAUGGAGAAACCAUCAAGCUUAGACUGGUUAGCUGGUAGCCCCGGGCUCUCUCACCCCAACAGCCUCGCACACUCCCCAGGCUUUUGUCCUUCCUGAACCUGCAGCCACCUCCUGUGAAUUUGGAACAAUGUCACCUACCACCUCUGCGGGGAUCUAAGCCACAGCUCCCAUUGGAGCAGGGAGCCAAGCACCUGCCUGGGGAGCCUGGCCCCGCAGGUCUGCCCCACAGGCUGAAGGACCUGUGGCUCUCGGACUCCUCGGCAGGACGAGGGCAAGUCCCUCAGCCGCAGCACUGUGAGUACCACUGCUCUGGGACUGGGGUCCUGAAAGGAGGCCUCCGUGCCCCCGGGGCUGCGGCCCUGACCCCAGGUCUCCACUCUGUUGUCAGGGUGGUGGCCCUAGAGCUGGUCGUGGUACAGUGGCCGGUGAGGCCUCAGCAGGGUUGCUUGAUGCCCGCCUCUGAGAUGAUUAAAGUCUUGAUUGUCUGAGCA